AUGAUGCUGAUCUUCCACUAAUGGGAUCCUGGGGACCUGGUACUCGUGUAUUGAAAACUAAAGCUGGAACAAGAAUAUUAUUUGAUGUUGCAUCCCGGAAUCUACUGGACGAAGGAGAGCAAAUUGUAUGUGAGAAAGGCACACAUGACAGUCCACGCUUUUAUUGUCCGUACAAGUCUUGCACUUCUUCAUUUAUAGGAACACGCUCUAUCUAUCGGCACAUCCGACGACAGCAUGAUGCUGAUUUUCCAUCAAUGGGAUCCUGCGGACCUCAUACUCGUGUAUUGAAAACUAAAGCUGGAACUAGAAUAUCAUUUGAUGUUGCAUCCCGGAAUCUACUGGACGAAGGAGAGCAAAUUGUAUUUGAUUAUCGCAAACCUGACGGUCCACGCUUCUAUUGUCCGUACAAGUCUUGCACUACUUCAGCCGGAGAAUUAGCCCAUAUCUAUCGGCACAUCCGACAGAAGCAUGAUGCUGAUCUUCCAUCGAUGAAAUUGUGCGGACCUCAAGCUCAUGUAUCGAAAACUAAAGCUGGAACAAGAAUAUUAUUUGAUGUUGCAUCUAAAGAUCUAUUGGAAACAGGAGAAAAAUUACAAAUCUGUGAAGAGCGACUCCCUCCAUCAUCAGGUACUGUGAGUGGUGUUGGUUUACGAAUGAUUGUCUGUGGAAAACCAUACCUUAUCUAUUAUCAAUCAAAUAACAUUAAUUCUAAAUUAUCACCGACACUAGAUCUAGUGUUUGGGCCAAUUUGGCACUAGAUCUAGUGCCGUGUUUAACCUUUUAGUCUCGCCCAAUAAAAUUGCGCAUGACAUCAGCAAAACGCGAAAAGACAGUAAAGCAUCAUAAAAAUUAUUCUGCAGCAAAAAAAAUAAUAAUAUAUACCUAGUACAUUCAU